AUUUUGAAGUCAGAGGAGAUGUAAUAAAUGGAAGAAAUCAUCAGGGUCCAAAGCGAGCAAGAGAAUCCCAGGACAGAAAGAUCUUCAGGGGUCUAGAAAUCUGUUGCUAUGGACCCUUUACCAACAUGCCCAUAGAUCAACUGGAAUGGAUGGUGCGACUGUGUGGGGCUUCUGUGGUGAAGGAGCUCUCAUCAUUCACCCUUGGCACAGUAAGUAUGCAGGAGACUCGCCCAAUUGUGGUCGUGCAGCCAGAUGCCUGGACAGAGGACAAUGGCUACCAUGCAAUUGGGCAUGUGUGUGAGGCACCUGUGGUGACCCGAGAGUGGGUGUUGGACAGUGUAGCACUCUGCCGGUGCCAGAAGCUGGACACCUACCUGAUACCCCAGAUCCCCACAGCCGCUACUGAUGUCAGCGAGCCACAGGCAUAGAGCACCAGACCCUGAGACUGAGUGUAUAAAAUGGCCUUUUCAGGUCCAGGGAGAUCCUCCUCUUACUCUCCAGUCCUUCCCAAGUCCUGCUUACUAAGUAUUUUAUGUACAUCAACCUGAAAAGGACUUCUGGCUGUGCAAGUGUCCCUUAAAGAUUUUCUGCUUCAAGUCUGCCUUUGAAAUCUGCCAUGAGCACAAAAUCAUGGUAAUUUUUCACCUGAGAAGAUUUUAAAACCAUUAAACCCCACCAAUUGAGCAAGAUGCUGAUUCAUUAUUUAUCAGCCCUAUUCUUCCUACUUGAGCUGUUGACUUAGGGCUAGAGGAACAGAGUGGCUUGGCCUCAAGAGAAUAGCUGGCUCCCCUAAGUUUGUUUCUCUAAAACUCUGUGCUCACAAAAGUCAAAAGUCAGACCCUUUGGAAGGAGAGAGCUUGGGAUCUGUUGUGUGACUUAAAAUCAUAACAGUUCUUAGGCGACUCUCAAGUUGGAGUGGAGCACUGGGGGAGGAAAUUCAGAGACAGGUAGUAGAUACAGACAUGAAACUCGAGGUUUACUUAGAGAUCACCUCGAAAAGUCUGGGUUGUAGUCACUGGAUUUCUAAAGAAUGUGCUCUGAAACAGCAGAAUAUUUUCAAGAACCAGUGUCCAAAGACAGUCUUCUAAUUCCCUGUUAGUAAUAAAUAAAAUGUUUAUUGGUGUAGCUCUGGUAUGUAACCCAUUCCUCUUAAAAUAUGAGUCGUAAUAUGAAUAUUUCAUGUCUAUAAAAUGACAGAUCCCACCAGGAAAGGAGCUGUUGCUUUCUUUGAGGUAAUUUUUUUCCCUUUGCUCCCUGUUGCUGAACCAUACAGCUUCAUAAAUAAUUUUGCUUGCUGAAAGAAGAGAAAGUGUUUUUCAUAAACUCAUUAUAUCCUGAACUGUUUAUAGCUGUUGGAAAGACUAGGUCUUUCCUAGUACCCCAGUGUGUGAAGGUGGUGCGGACUUGAUUGUACAAAAUAUAUUUUGUAAAUGUGCUGUUAACAUUGCAAAUAAACUUGAUAGACUUACA